GAUGGAUCGUAAUCUAUUCAUAAUAUUAGAGAAAAGACGAGCUAUAAUAGUUAAUUGAUGAGUAAAAUAAGGAGGAGUUCUCGGAUGAUUAAGAUUUGGUGUCUCAUAUAGAUAUUGAGGAUUUUGAAUCUCGAUUACAUACCAGUCAAUCUUUUGUGAGGGAAAAACCUCCAUAACAGAAUCCGAGAGCUCAAUCUGGCAUGACUCAAACUGGGAAACAACCAUAGAGUGUUAAGGAUCUCAAUGAGAAAAUGUAGUAAAAUCUAGCAAAAAAACAAGUUAAUUAAUAGACAAGAGUGUAAGCAUAAUAGAGAUCCUCGUAAUAACAAUAAUUUUCACAAACUCAACAAGUUCAGAAGAAGCAAGAGUAUUACAACAUUUAAAAUAAUUAAGCAAGAGGAAAUCUGUGGAGCCUAGAGCAAACAAUCCUCGUUAAGUUUUGGAGCAGGCUCAGAAAGACAAUUAGGAGUUACUGUAAAGGUUGGGAGCAAUGAAGAGGUAACUGCAAUCCUUGGAGGCUGAGAAUGCUGAAUUGAAACUUGAAAUUUAGAGGAAGGGCAAUUCAAGUGGUUUUUUGCCAAAGAUAGAGUAGGCAGCCAAUUCAGAAGUGAAAUUGCUGAAGAUGGAGAAUGAGGAGUUGAAGAGAAUCAUCUAAAAAUAAAAUGUAUCAGAAGUGCAUCAUUUUUUGUUAGGGCAGUGAUUCUGGGAAGAUGUUAUAAAUGUAUGGUUUGCAGGUUGUGAAGUUGAAAUGUAGAAUAGAUGAGUUGACUUAAUAACUGGAGAAGCAGUGA